UGACAGGAUCUCGAUAAUCCAGCUUUGCAUGGCUGCUAAUUUUGUUAUGUUGGGUCUUGGUGAAUGUAUCCUAUAGUUGAUUCUUUGAUUGUGGAGGAACUUAUGGGCAAAGCUCAAUUUUGAUUUCUGAUGACAGCAUAGUACCUAUGUGUCACUCACUGAAAAUGACCUAUAGAAAUGCAUGUUAUUCUGAAAGGAUUCUGUGGUCUCCACAACAACACGAACAGGAUUGAAUCAAGAUAAACACACUGUGGAAGAAGACUACAAAUGUAGACGUUCAACAUCCUUGUAUUAACAUCCCCAGUCAAAGAUCUGCUAACAAUGAAGACAGGUUACUUAAAGAUGAUCGAAGUGAGAAUACUUUGAAUAUGAGCUCUGAACGAUUUAAUGGAUACCCUAAAUCACAGAAUAUCAUAUAUUCUCCUAAAACUGUUCUUCGUGAAUCCAGUCGUAAGGAGAUGUCUGCCAUUAUAUCUCACGAUGACAUAUAUAACGUUAUCCAACUGAUCGGCGAGGGUGUAUACGGAGAAGUGACUUGCUGUCGUAAAAAAAGCACUGGUCAGUUUGUUGCUAUCAAGACCCUUAAGCAAGGUGGUUGCCUUGCCUCAGAAAUAAGGAUAUUAAAACUGUUUCAAAAUGUGGAUACAAACAAAUUUCACAUUGUACAUUUUCUCGAAAGCUUCCAUAGCAAUGGAAGGUCCUAUCUGGUAUUUGAACUUCUGGAGCAGAAUUUGAUGGAAUUCCAAAAAGCUAACAACUUUGCUCCACUCCGUGUCAAGCAUAUGAGGAUCAUUGCCAUUCAACUGCUGAGAGCUUUGGUGAAGUUGAAAGAGUUAUCUAUUAUUCACACAGAUAUCAAACCAGAUAAUAUCAUGUUGGUAGAGCACACACGGUUUCCGUUCAGGGUCAAAGUGAUUGACUUUGGUUCAGCCAGUAUACUUCAUGAGGUUCAACAUAUUAAUGACCCGUAUAUUCAAGCCAGACACUACAGAUGCCCCGAGAUCCUCUUAGGACUGCCUUUCAGUGAGAAGUUGGAUAUGUGGUCCCUUGGCUGUGUACUAGCUGAGCUUCGCCUUGGUCAACCUCUCUAUCCUGGUAAAAAUCAAUAUGAUCAGGUCCAAAUCAUUGUAAAAGCCCAGGGGCAACCGAAGGACUAUCUGCUCAACCAGGCAAGUAAAGCACACCUUUUCUUCAAAAGAAAUGCGUGUCCUUAUUCAGGCCACCAGUGGCAACUUAAACCAUUGUCAGAAUAUGAGUCAAAGAUGUCAACAACAUCUUUGGAGCCAAGAAGACAGACUGUGAAGUCACUUGAUCAGCUUGAGACAUUCAAUAUCAUUCAGAACGUGUUCCCAAACGAUGAUGAUAUCGCUGAGUUCCAUGAUCGCAAUGUUAUGGUGGCUCUUCUGAAGAGGAUGCUCAACUUUGAUCCCAAAAAUCGGAUUUCUGCAGGCACUGCCUUAAGACAUCCAUUCAUCACCAUGAAACAACUAAAAAAGGACUAUAACCAUACAAAGUAUUACCAGCACUCUGUCCAAGGUCUUGAUGCUGCUUUAAAUGAUGGCAGAGUUGAAAACGAAAAUGACAAUUAUCAGCCGCUCAAGGACUGUGCAAAAACUAUGCACAUUGAGGGUAGGCAUGGGCAACCCAAUCAUAAUAGUACUAUGGCACAAACAGCUAUUGACAAGGGGAACAACCUGAAUAUUGGCAGGUCUGAAAGAACUCAAGAACAUAAGAUACCAUCUGAUGGGACACACGUUGACCAAGCAAAUCCAUGCACAGAGGAUAUAUACCUACCACAUCCAUAUCAAGAAACCUGUUAUCAGAUAUCCUGGUGUGUGCAUAGACAUGGUGCGGAAUCCACAUUAGGAAAUCGUACAAGCCCACCCUCAUCGCACCCAUCAAGAUCAGAACAUUCUUUUGACAAUGUAAUUUUAGUUGAUCAGGUGACUGAAAAAGAUGUCUUUCCAUCAAAGAAUGGUCAAAGGAAUAGAAAUAACAAUUCUAGAAAGUAUUCUCCAAGAUCUUCUGUAACAGAGGCUGAAACUUUUCGGCAACCGGAGAAACAAAACGCAGAAGCUCACCCACAAGAAGCAGCAGCAGGGCAGUCACUCAGUUCCAAUGCAACAAGAAAUAAUUCUAUGAGCUCAAACAUCUCCGUACAUCCCAUAAAGACAAUGAUUAAGAGGGAAAAUAUGGAAUUAACAUUAGCACCCUCAGAUGUAGUUCAGAAUUACAACUCAUGUGGUGAGAUAAAGCAUCAUCCAGAAGCUGGAAUGCAUCAGUACAACAGGCGUAACCCUAUUUCAAGUGGUCAACACAGGACACAGCAUGGAUUUACUGAAAUUCUCAUUGCACCUGAGGGGGAAGAGCUAAACAGUGAAAAUGAUGACGAGACGUUAAAGAGAGGAAAUAGAAGGAUCAGAUCCAGAGCAGAACAUAUACGCAAGAGUGGAAUUAUCCAUUGCAAACAAAACAAUCCAUCAGUUCUGACGGAUCAUAGCAUACUACAGGAAAUUGAAGAAGCUGACCUGGAAAAUAUUCACCUGAAUUUACUGGUCAAAAGGCAUAACCUGGGUUCUGUCGGGGAAAUGAGGGAAGAAAUAAGUUCUUCACAAGUUCAAGUCAGUGAGACUAAAGAUACAGAGGAAGAAGUGGCAACAGAUAAGAACAGUCGCACAACUUUCAAGCAAGCAAAGUUCCGAAAAAGAAGCAAGAAGCUCCAAAAGAAAAAGAAAGUAUCCUGUUGGGGAUGAAGAUGCCAUAUGAUAUUUGCUGGACCCAGUGUUUAAAGAGGAUCUCUGAAGUUAUGGCAGCCCAGCUACAUCAUAUAUGUUCCAUACAGGAACAUUGCUAAUAGAUGCUAAAAUUACUUAUAUGCUAAAAACUAUAAUAAACUAGUAAAAUUAUCAUUAUAAAAAUUCUAAUAACCUUUAAAGUUACAUUGCAAAAUAACUUUAAAAAAUAAAAGGAAGUGAUACUUAAGGUGUAGAGUGUCAUUAAUGGUUUUCUUUUCAAAGUUACAAUACAUAUGCCUACUUUUUUACCAUUUCAUAAUUCUGAAAAAGGAUCUGGAAAGUUAUUAAUAUUUCACUUCCCCCAGUUGCUGCCUGGAAUUUUCUGUUUCGAUUUCAGAAUUCUAGUAUUUAACUAUCUUGGUGUGCUAAACGGGUAGUGAAUGUGAAAAUAUAAACCUGUAAAAUAGCAGGACAUUUGAGAUUUAAAAAAAGCUAGCAACAAAAUCAUUCUGGUAAUUUUCACCAAUUUUCACAAAAUGCAAUGAAGCAUGACCUGUGUGAUAGCCAGUGGUAGUAGCUACAGGCAGAACUUGCAGCUCACAUUCCCACGAUUACAGGAAAGUGAGUCAUACUGCACAAGGAGUUGUAAGCUGCCCAUAUUUCAUUUGGGCAGCUUACAACUCAGCAGUAUGAAUAUCAACGUCUCUAACUUCAAGUAAUCCUUGCUUUCCCUCUCCAUCCCUCCCCCAUCCUAGUUCUCUGACCAGUCUGACUCCCUUGAUUAAUUUUUUAUCUUUGUCUGCUUCAUUGUCCACUUCCCCUAGCUAACAAUGAUCUAUUCUAUGUUUUCCUCGCUUUUUUAAGCCACAUUGAUGUCUUGUUUUUAUACCUUAAAUUAUUUU